AAAAGUGGGCUGGGGGCUUGCGGGCGCGAAUCCAGGCAGACGUGAACGAGGGAGUGCUUUUCAGAGUCCAAAACGCGGGAGCCUCCGAGUCCUCCGGUGAGGGGCAUGUUGGAUUUUCGUGCUGUCUGAAAGAGGGAAAAGGGGUGAAUGAUCACGGGUGAUGGCUCAGAUGCCGUCACCAGGUGGCAGGAGGCCGGGUGUCAGGACACCGUGUUUUCUCAGGCACAUUUGUGUAAUGCCAAGAGACCCAGGAGGCUCUUCCCUGCCGGCGGAGUCCCCCAGGUUGACGGGAGUGACCCCCAGAUCACCCAGGGUUAGGGUAUCCCCGCUGAGCACAGCGCCUGGCUGCGGCACACCCACCAGCAGGAACCGCAGGCUGAACCUGGAGGAGGGACCCUGAGCUCUGUUUCGCCCCUCUCUGGCCAGCGACUGCUGCUGACUCCUCCUCUCCCAGCUCUCCAGAGCAACAGUGUUUCCUUGCUUCGGUCCUGAAGGGGCUCCUGGAGACCAUCUGUUGUGCAAUCCAUGUUGGCCUGCCUGUGACCCCUGCUGUCAGUCACCUGCUCUGUUGGAUCCAGGAUGGCACCGUGGCGCUACUGUUUCCUCUGCCUCUUGAUCAGAAAUCUCUCUGGGACCCCCUCCAAUUCCUCAGGUGAAUCAAGGAAUCCUUGGGCCCCAGCCCCCGUGGCCCCCGGCGAGGUGGUGGAGACUGCAGGUGGGGUGUGCAAGUUCUCUGGACAGCGACUGAGCUGGUGGCAGGCCCAAGAGUCCUGCGAGCAGCAGUUUGGCCACUUGGCACUGCAGCCCCCUGAUGGGGUUCUUGCUUCAGGGCUGCGCGAUCUGGUCUGGGUGGGCCAAAGAGAGGUGCCUCUGCGGAGACCCCCUCAGAGGCGUGCGCGCACCACUGCAGUGCUGGUGUUUGGCGAGAAGACAGCUGACCGCGCGGCGCGGCUGCGGAGCCCCCUGCCUGAGCUGGCGGCGCUGACCGCGUGUGCUCACGUGCAGUGGGACUGUGCCUCGUCCGACCCCGCCGCGCUCUUCUCCGUUGCCGCGCCCGCGCUGCCCAACGCGUUGCAGCUGCGCGCCUUCGCCGAGCCAGGGGGCGUAGUGCGCGCUGCGCUGGUGGUGCGUGGGCACCACGCGCCCUUCCUCGCAGCAUUCCGCGCCGACGGCCGCUGGCACCAUGUGUGCGCCACAUGGGAGCAGAGGGGCGGGCGCUGGGCGCUGUUCUCCGACGGGAGGCGGCGCGCUGGGGCGCGGGGACUGGGCGCCGGCCACCCGGUGCCGUCCGGCAGCAUCCUGGUGCUGGGCCAGGAUCAGGACUCCCUGGGCGGUGGCUUCUCGGCGCGUGACGCCUUCAGCGGCAACCUCACCGACUUCCACCUGUGGGCGCGGGCGUUGAGCCCCACGCAGUUGCACCAGGCACAGGCUUGCGCGCCCCCCCCAGAGGGCCUGCUCUUCCGCUGGGACCCGGGCGCCCUGGACAUAGCACCCUCGCUGCUGCCCAUGGUGUGGGUGCGCCUUCUCUGUCCCGUGCCCUCCGAGGAGUGCCCUACGUGGAACCCUGCACCUCGCAGUGAGGGCUCUGAACUCUGCCUGGAGCCGCAGCUCUUCCUCUGCUGCUACCGGACAGAGACCUAUCAUCGGCUGCAGGAUGCUCAGUCGUGGCCUGGCCAGGAUGUUAUCAGCCGAGUCAAUGCCUUGGCCAAUGACAUUGUGCUCCUCCCGGACCCCCUCUCCGAAGCCCAUGGGACCCUGUCCCCAGCGGAGGCCUCCAGCUUCCUGGGCCUUCUGGAGCAUGUCCUGGCGAUGGAGAUGGCUCCACUGGGGCCGGCCACACUUCUGGCUGUUGUGCGCUUCCUGAAGAGGGUAGUGGCCCUCGGGGCUGGGGACCCUGAGCUGUUGUUGACAGGCCCCUGGGAGCAGCUGAGCCAACGCGUUGUAUCUGUGGCCAGUCUGGUCCUGGAGGAGCAGGUGGCUGACGCAUGGCUGUCCAUCCGUGAGGUGGUUGGUGGGCCUAUGACCCUGGUGGCGAGUGUGCAGCGCCUGGCAGCCCUGCUGAGCACCACAAUGACCUCAGAACAGCCCCGAAUGCGCAUCCAGCACCGCCAUGCUGGCCUGGAGGUGCGCAGCUUACGCUUGAGGGAGGCCAGCACGAGGGGCUCGUUCUUCACAAUGCCCGGUGGGCGUCCAGAGGGGGCCGGCCAUAUCCACAUUCCUGCAGGUGAAGCGAGGCGACUCCUCAGAAAAGGCCUCUCUGGAGUCACCGUGAUCCACAGCUGGUUCACCUCCAGAGUCUUCCAGCAUACCCUAGAGGGGCUGGACCUACAGCCCCAGGCCCCUGCCAGCUCAGAGGAAGCAAACAGGGUGCAGAGGUUCCUAGGCACCCAGGUGGGGUCAGCCAUCAUCUCCUCUGAAGUGUGGGACAUCACUGGAGAGGUCAGCAUGGCCGUGACAUUUCAUCUGCAGCACCAGGCCCAGACCUUCCGUCACAAGCUGGUGGAGCCUGUCUGUGCUUUCUGGAACUACAGUAUCAGCCCAUAUACAGGGGGUGCCUGGGCCACCACGGGCUGCUCCGUGGCUGCCCUGUACCCGGACUCCACCGCCUGCUUCUGCAACCACAGCACCAGCUUUGCCGUCCUGCUGCAAAUCUAUGAAGUACAGAGAGGCCCUGAGGAGGAGUCGCUGCUGAGGACCCUCUCAUUUGUCGGCUGUGGUGUGUCCUUCUGCGCCCUCACCACCACCUUCUUGCUCUUCCUGGCGGCCGGGGUCCCCAAGUCGGAGCGAACCACAGUCCACAAGAACCUCACCUUCUCCCUGGCCUGUGCAGAGGGCUUCCUCAUGACCAGCGAGUGGGCCAAGGCCAAUGAGGUGGCAUGUGUGGCUGUCACAGUCGCAAUGCACUUCCUCUUUCUGGCGGCAUUCUCCUGGAUGCUGGUGGAGGGGCUGUUGCUGUGGAGGAAAGUGGUAGCGGUGAGCAUGCACCCGGGACCAGGCAUGCGGCUCUACCACGCCACAGGCUGGGGCGUGCCUGUGGGCAUUGUGGCAGUCACCCUGGCCAUGCUCCCCCGUGACUACGUGGCCCCCGGACAUUGCUGGCUCAAUGUGCACACAUAUGCCAUCUGGGCCUUCGUGGGGCCUGUGCUCUUCGUGCUGACUGCCAACACCUGCAUCCUGGCCCGUGUGGUGAUGGUCACCGUGUCCAGCGCCCGCCGCCGUGCCCGCAUGUUGAGCCCACAGCCCUGCCUGCAGGAGCAGAUCUGGACCCAGAUAUGGGCCACGGUGAAGCCUGUGCUGGUCCUGCUGCCCGUCCUGGGCCUGACCUGGCUGGUGGGCAUCCUGGUGCACCUGAGCCCCGCCUGGGCCUACGCUGCCGUGGGCCUCAACUCCAUUCAGGGGCUGUACAUCUUCCUGGUUUAUGCUGCCUGCAAUGAGGAGGUGCGGAGCGCCCUGCAGAGGAUGGCUGAGAAGAAGGUGGCCGAGUCCUGUGCCAGCCCUGCCAGCUGGGGGACCAGCCUGAGGCCCCCAGGUCCCUGGGAGGCAACCCGAGGGAGCCCCAUAGCCUUGGCUCCACCCCGGAGACACGCGGCUCUCAGAGGGACCUAUGGACCUAGAACCCCCUCAGCCUUCUCCUCCAUUGCAAACCCGGAGAGACAGGCUGUGGAACUGACAGCAUUCAAAGCUUCAGUCCAGCACCCCCCCUCACCCUCUGAGGGCUCCGGCCUGAUGCCCUAGGACCCAGAGCCUUCCAAACCGGCUGAGGCACAAGUGCUUUCCUCCAAGGCUGCAGGUCACCAGCUGAUAGGGGCAUGACAGGGGUUGGGCAGUGGCAGGGGGGACUGUGGGAGGGUGAGGACACCCCAGGUCCGGCUCAGGGAGAGGACUGAAGCCUGGGGAGCUCAGCCCGGCCCAGGGGAGCCAUGGGGACCCUGCCCGCUGGUCGCUGCCCUCGGGGAACACUCCUUCCAUCUGAAACCCACACAGCCCCAGCCUCGGCCAGGCGACUGUUUCCAGUCAAGGCAAGAGCCCUGUUUACCAGGCUCCUCCCAGGGGCAGGCUCAGUGCUCAGCCCAGGCACCUGCUGAUUCUGAGCCAGUGAGGGGGAAGUGGAGGUGCCUUUCUCCACCCAUUGCGCGGAUGAGGAAGUUGAGGCACAGAAAGGCGCAGCCGCUAGCCAGAGCCUGAACAGAGCCAGGGCCAGGCCCCCACUGGCGCGGAUGGGGGACUCCAGGCACAGCAGUAGCCACACGGGUGUAAACGUAGGGCCAGGUGAACCCGGGUCCGUGGGAUCCCAGGCCCCGACCGGCCCCCAUCCCCGGCUGGCAUCUCAGUCCCGGAGAGUCUCAGCUUCCCCUUCUGCAGAAUGGGCUGAAGGCGCCCCCCAUAGGCCCGCCCAGACGUCCCCCGGGGCCAGCGCCCCUCCCCCACCCGCCCCACCCCCACCCGCGGGCGCCGCGGCUGCAGGAACAAGAGAGCGGCGGCGCCUCUGCGCUCAAGUGACAGCGCCUUUGUCUCCGCUGA